AUUUGCUUAAAAGUAAUUGGUUUGAGUUCAAUAGCUAGUUACUUGGUUCAAAUGAUUUCGGGAAAUUCCAGUAGUGCACAAAGUUGUGUCACAAAACUAUGGGUUACUCAAUUAUAAUUAAACAUAAAGAAAGUUUAAGUAAGCACUUGACGAGAUGCUGCGGGUUAACGAGAAAUUGUAUGCAUAUAAAGUUUCUCUGCUUUCAAGUAGUAUAUUCAUAACUAUGGACAGACUCCCACAUUUUGGUGAUUCGCUGGAAAUUUCACUGGUUUUAUCGCAAGCCGUUAUAAGCUUAUGAGAUAUUUUUUGUCUUCCUAAACUUGCUAUUGUCAAAGCAAGAUAGCUUAAUGAUUGUGAUCGGGUCACCUCAAGUCUUCAUUUAAGAAAUAGAGACUAUUUGGUCCAGAUAAUCUACUGCCACUCGGAAAUAUCGUAAAGUUGUGUUUUGGCGUGUUUCAAGUUCUUCAAAACUACUCCAGCAGCUUACAUUCUUUUAACUGGACGGGCUGCUUAUAUAUUAUACUCCAAUUGUGGACAAAAAACACCCCUAAUUCAUAUGCUCCUUGAUAUCUCGGUGAUCGAGUUCCUCAGGUAUUGCUUAAGAUGUUUGUGGAUGCUUAACGGCUGUAACUCAUCAAUCUCCAGUAGUUUUCUAGCUCUGACUGAUAGUAAACCUUAGAUUACUUAACAUGGGUGCGAGGAUGUUUCUUAAUGAGUUUGAGGGCAUCUAAUAACAUUUUUCAAAUGUGGGUUCAUUCUGGUAAGUUUUCUUGAUCUUUAUUGUGUGCCAUAGUACCCUCUUCGUCUUGUCCCCCCCAUAUAUUCGCCUUCUAAUGAGGCUAACAACAGCAGAGGACUUACAAAGUUAUCCGCUUGUAAAAGAAUGACUGCUGACACCGAGACCAUAACCUGGAUAAAUUUACCAAAUAUUUUUCAACCAUACUUUAUGUACACCCAACAAGAAGGUUAUCUGUUCAUAUAAGACAUUCACUCAAGAAACAGUACCACUAUCCUUUUAAAAUAGCUUUUAUCAAAAUAUUAAACUGGAUUGCUUGUUAUUCGGUAGCCUUCGUUUUGUUUUAUCCCUUCUAGAUUAUUGUCCUGGCUAGGGAACGACGGUUGUUAUAUCUGUGCACCUUGCUCUUGUUUUCAUAUACUUAAGUACCCCCAACCUGGACACAGGCAUUUCAACUAUUGGGAGUCGCAUAAUGUUAGAGGAUGAGUUCGCUGAGCUGGACCUAAAUGAAAACUCUGAAAACUCUUUAAAUGUAUCGUUGAAUUCUGAGUCUUAUCUGCGGACAGGUUUCACACCUGAACGAAAUGUCACACAUGACAUAUCGCCCAUUGACACUGGGAAAGAAACUGUAAACACUGUUUCCGAUGUCGCAUUUGUAAAAGUCACAAGCCCUGCAAAAGUUGGUGAGGGUAUUUCGUCAUAUAUAGUAUAUCGUGUUAAUACCAAGUUUAAUGGCAAGGAAUUUUCAGUCCUCAGACGGUUUUCUGAUUUCCUUGGGUUGCAUGAAAGGUUAGUCGCGAAGUAUCUUUCUGAAGGAGUUAUUGUUCCCCCUGUUCCUUCUAAAGAUAUGCUAGCUACAACUAAAGUUAAAAUGUCAAAGGACGUUUCUGCGGAAAAUGAAUUUGUUGAACGUCGCCGAAUAGCUUUAGAACGAUUCCUAUCACGAGUACUCUCACAUCCAGUUUUACAUAUUGAUGAAGAUGUCUGUGAGUUCCUUCGGCAUGAAGGAGAGCUUCCACGUGCAACAAACACCCAACUAUUGUCCGGUGCUGCAGCGAUAAAAGUGAUGAAAAAUUUGGGUGAUGCGAUUGGAAAGUUUGCUUACAAAGUUGAUGAUCCCGAAGAGUUCUUCUAUCAGAAAGCAGAUGAAUUAGAUAGUUGGGAAAAGCAACUUAAACGUAUUCACUCCUCGCUUCUUAAUUUAGUAUCAGGAGACAAUGACCUAGCAAAUGCCGAAGCUGGCUUGGCUCGUUCAGUUCUUCUCCUGGCUAAUGUAGAAGAAAAUACUGGUCUAGCUCAAGCACUUCAUCAUCUGGCAGAAACAGAAGGACAUGUCGCUGAUUUACACGCUUUACAAGCAGAAGCGCAUACGUGCCAUUUAGUGGAGUAUUCUCGAGAAUUACUAGGCAUGGUUCAGGCUUGCAAGGAUGUUUUAAGUGAACGUGUACGAAUAUAUCGUACAUGGAAAACCGCUGAAGCUAAUCUUCGUUCAAAGCGCGAACAGAAAAUUCGAAUGGAAAUGGCACCUAGAAAUGAUAAUAAAAAGAUGGCCACGAUAACAAUGGAGUUGGAAGAUCUUGAAAAUCGUGUAGAUCAAGCUCAGCAUAAGUUUAAUAAUAUAUCUAUAAAUAUUAAAAGAGAAUUUCAAAAUUUCGACUUGAAUCGUUUUGCUUAUUUCAAACAAGCCACUACAGAAUAUUUAGAAUUGUUAUUGCAAAUUCAAUUAAAAGUGUUAGAGAACUGGGAGAAAUAUUUGUCUUAUACAAACGGUAUCAAUUGAUGUAUGCGCAUAUAGGCUCUGUUAACAAUUUUUUUAUUUCUAGAAAAGAAAUAUCCUUGGUUUUGGAAUUAUUUUCCUUCUCUUUAUUACACAAUCAAUAUUCCACACUUAUUUAUUGUUCCAUUGAAAUUUUAAGUUAAACAUAUAUGUUAAUUUCUCAUCCUUUGUGUACACCUAACACGCACACACA